GAAAUUUGUUCCAAAAUUACUGUGCGCGUGUGUCUUUUUAAACCGGAAUGAUUCUGGUUGUAAAUACUAACACCCAAGAGAUCGAGCAACGUCUUCAAAGGUCUUUUGAGAUUUUAUCAAAGACUCCACCUCAUUCAAGUGCAUGCGUGCACACGGCGCUGAUCGUACAGUCACACAGGACAACAGCUGUGAAACAGACUUGUGGCGAAGCAGUCUCAAGAGCUGAAAAUGAACUACAGCUAUGACGACGAUAUCUCAAGUCCAUGUGAGAUGAAUAGUAACUCAAUAAACAAUAUCAAGUACUACCUGCAGGUCUACGUGCACUCCCUUAUCUGCAUUGUAGGUUUUAUUGGCAAUGUCCUGGUGAUCCUUACAUACGCUUUCUACAAGCGCACCAAGUCCAUGACGGAUGUCUACCUACUGAACGUGGCCAUAGCAGACGUCCUGUUUGUCGUGGCCCUGCCCCUGAUCAUCUUCAGUGAGCAGAGCGCCUGGGCUUUGGGCAAUUGGUCCUGCAAGCUGUUGCGUGGUGUCUACAGUAUCAACCUGUACAGCGGCAUCCUGCUCCUGGCUUGCAUCAGUUUAGACCGCUACUUGGCUAUUGUCCAAGCUCGCCGCUCUUUCAGAUUCCGCUCGAGCAUGCUGGUGUACAGUUACAUAAUCUGUGCAAUAGUCUGGCUUUUAGCCUUUCUCCUGACUUUGCCCACGUUCAUCUACUACGAGCGCUACAAACGCAGUGAAACAUUUAUAUUUUUUGCCUUUCCAGAAAUUAUCUCUAAUAGUACACAUCUGCCUGAGGCGGAGAAUUGGACUUCAGCUCCACCCGACCCUGAAGAUGACAAACACGUGUGCUUCUUCCUCUUCAAAGACAACGAUACCGCAAAGCAAAUCAAGUUGCUAGUGCCGAGUUCCCAAGUGGCUGUAGGGUUUUUCUUACCGUUGCUGGUCAUGGGCUUCUGCUACUCCAGUGUGGUGAUCACACUCCUACGUGCCAAGAACUUCCAAAGGCACAAGGCUGUACGUGUGGUCCUGACCGUGGUGCUGGUCUUCAUCAUUUGUCAUCUACCCUACAACGCAGCACUGUUGUAUGACCUCUCGUACAUGUUCGCACCAUCAGAAUGCAGCGACUAUGACAACACACAACUGCUGCUGAUCCUCACUGAGAGCCUGGCCUACCUGCACUGCUGUCUCAACCCACUGCUCUACGCCUUCAUUGGUGUGAAGUUCAGGAACCACUUCCGCAAGGUCGUGGAGGACCUCUGGUGCCUGGGGAAGAGCUACAUCGGGGCACGACGCACAUCACGAGUCACUUCCGAGGCGUACUUAUCCUCCCGAAGAUCUGUAGACAGCUCGGGGAAUGAAAACGGCACCUCCUUCACGAUGUGAAAAAUUGGCUAUCCCUGGUUACCAGUUAAAGCUGGGAUGUGUUUACGGAAGAACACAGAAAAAUAAUGCAAGAUCCAUCCACCAGUUUUUAUUUUCCUAAAUAAAAAUAAUUGCAUGUAAGAAGGUCUCUCAUUCCUGUUUAGUAAUCCUUGUUUAAUUUGUACAUAGUGUUUAAUGUAUAUUGCUGUCUACUGUCACUUUUUUUUUUCAUAAACAAUAUGAGCUUCAAAUGUAUAAAAUAAACUUUCUGGUUUUUGCACUGAUGUAUUCUUGCACCACUGUGGUGUGCUGAGUUCACUGGAGCUACUGAAUCCUCACAUGCACACACGCCUUGUUACUUAUCAACUUGGUGAAGGAGAAGCAAGUGCAGGAGCUGGAUUGGUCUCCACAUGGGAUGCGUCCCAGGUACCAGCAAAGGAUCGUCAGAUAUUACUUCAGUGUAUGGAUUUGGUAUGAGUGCAUUAGUAGUUAGAAGUGGCUUUUCUGAGGUUUGUGACCACUGAAUAAACUGAGACACAGCUACAGUUCGUGAUGGUGCACGUAGUUAGUUCCUCAGUGCUUCAGAGAACUGAUGAACAUGAGUAUUAGUAUAAAUAAAGGUACAUGUUUCAAUUUAUUCCUAUGUUGGAAAUUAAAAUUAUUGUCUUUGUUUACAAUUAAGCAUCCAGGUGAACUCAGUCAAGUUUAUUUGUAUAGCGUGUUUAACAAUAAACAUUGUCGCAAAGAA